UGUGUACACGAUGAGCGGACUGGGGGAGAACUCCAUGGAGCCUCUGAGCUCAGAAAACCGGAAACGCAAGCUCUCCACUUGCGACACGCCUGGUCUGGGGUGUGACAGGAAGCGUCGGGAGCAGGAGAGCAAAUACAUUGAGGAGCUGGCAGAGCUGAUCUCUGCCAACCUCAGCGACAUCGACAGUUUCAACGUCAAACCAGACAAAUGUGCCAUCCUCAAAGAGACGGUGCGCCAGAUCCGGCAGAUCAAAGAGCAGGGUGAGUGGACACAGUCGUCUGAAAACUGAAGGCUGGAGCCAGACAGCUGCAGCCGCACGUCAGCCGGAC